UGUAAGAAACUGGUAUAGUUUCAUCAACAGGAAUAACACCAAGGAAGAUGUGUUUGUGUGUCAGACUACCAUAAAGAAUAACCCCGGAAGUACCUUCACAAUGUAGGAGAUGGAGAGACCGUGGAGUUUGAUGAAUGAGAAAAGGUUUCAGAGGCAUAAAUGUGACAGGGCCUGGUGGAUCUCUAGUGUACAGCAGUGGAUAUGCGGCAGACCGUAACCAUUAUACGUGCUACCCACAUCACAGGGGUCCUCCACAUCACAACUCCCAGCACAGUUACCAGAAUAGUGAGUGGGGAAAAGGACAGAAGGAUUGGAGCCUGCUCCUGAAGGCCAGGCCUAACAGUGCUGCCUUCCCACAGGUGAGGGUUCCCCCCUUACUACAUGCAGAGCCUCCAUGGCCAUGGACCACAGUCUUCCAACCCUCCUGUGCAGGGAGAGAUGAUGGAAGGUGCUGACACCCAGAAGGCAGGAGAACAAGGUAGACCAGUGAGACAGAAUAUGCAUCCGGAUUAUACACCACGAUUCUGCAGGGGUCCUCCUCACCAAAGACAGCCUAGAGAGGAGAGCAAUGAAAAAGCUAAGGAAAAUCAAGAAGAUGAGAUCCAAGGUCAGCAGCCACCUCAACGUUCGCACCAUCGCAGAUACCCAGAAAACCCUAAACCACAAGAUGGCAAAGAGACAAAAGCAGCGAGUCCACCAGCUGAGGAUUCAUCCACUUCCUAGGCUGAGCAGGGCAGCUCUGACUAAAUGCCAGCUUACCAUCUCUACA